UCCUCUUUGUCUCAUGACAGAACAUAAGGAAGCCAUUUGGAGUACCUAUUCUGCCACAACUAAGCCAGAUACUUCUAUCUUAAAUAGGCUUAUAGAUGCUGGAGUGACACCAAGAGUUGAGGAAUCAAUGUCUGUUGUGAACAAUGAGAUAUUGAGGAGACAUUUCUUGGAGCUCACUACAAACUUUUUGGCUCCUUUUAGCCCAUAUUUUAGGACUUCAACACCAUCAGAAGGAUCUUCUCCUUAUGUAGACCCUCCUCCUCUACCUCCAUUCAAUGCCGAUGAAUUUCUAGCAAGUUUAUCAGCAAGAGGUCCCGGGAAGUUUAUAUUAAAGCGAAUGAGAUCUAACUGGCUUGACUUAUACAGGCAAUUCCUGAAGGGACCCAACUUUAUGCCGUGGUUUCAGAGAAAGCGUGCUGUUGCUGAACAAGAACAAGAUAGAUUAUGGAGACAAGCAAGAAUGAAAACUGACAUACAGCAGCUUAUUUCUAGACUGUCUGAAUUGGAAAUUGUGGAUUCCUUCAAUGUUAUAGAAAGACUUCUCCUCAGAGAAAUACAGGCUUCAUAGAAUUCCAAGGACAUGUUUGAGUUGGUGUCUGUUCAUAAUCUAGGGACAUUAGAAUAACUGAAUUGUGAAUUUUCCUAGAACAAGCUUGUAUAUAGACUAAGGAUUUUAAUAUCCCUCAUUUCUUUCUUGUUAUGGCUGUGAGGAGUUAGGUUCAAAAUUCUACAGUAAAGUUGUAAUGUUUUCCUUUCUAUUAUGGAGGUGUCUACUAUGAUUCUGUUCUGUAUAGGGUGGAACUAAAACUUAUUGUGAAGGGGACCAGACCAAACAUAUAGCCAAUGUUGUGAAACUGAAUAGUUUAUGCAGACUCAAUAUCCGUCUAUAAACUUGACUUUUAAACUCAAAUUUUUAUGUAACUCCCUUGGCCCCAACCUUGUGUGUUCGCAAGUUGCCCUUCCCCCUGCAUAUCGUCCUCCUUCCUUUGUGGUCACAGUUUGCAGGUUAUGCAGAAACCAACUCAAGGCUGUUCUCGUCAGAGAUUGUCAGAGGAAUGGGUUGCAAACAGGCUACAGUAUCAUGAUCUGUUUUCUUGAGUGUGUUUUAUCUGGUGUGGUCACAAAAGUUAAAAGAAGAAACUAAGUUGAAUGAAGUUGAUUUUGGAAUUUUGGGGGAAAAUUUUGAGACGUUCAAUCUCGUUAACUCACUCCUAGUCUUAUCAGUCUCUCCAAGUUUGCCCAAGUAUAUUCAAGCUUGACAGAGUCAGAAUUUGCGAGUUAGUACAUAAACCCUACUUAGAAACAUAAACUCGGACAAAUCAACUCGCGAGUUUGACAAUAAUGCAUAUAGCUUUAAGAGAUUUUUCAUCUCUCUUUUUCUUUUAAUUUUGAAUUUUUUUUCUUUUAUUUUGUAUGGGUAAAUCUUGUAUGAUAACAUUUUCAUGAAACUUCCCAUUAACUAAAGGAAUUAUGCGAGGAUCAUCAACACUGCCUCUGGUUCUGAGUAUCAUGAACCAAAAACACAAAUGAUCAUAUAUUUAGUGAAAUGUGUGGAAACCAAAAAGUUAUACAAGAUUUCAUUUAUUAUUGAGGCAUAUUUUUGAAUUGAUGUAACUUAUAAUAAGCUAUUAUUAUUCUAGUACUUUGCUGUAAGAUAGAUGUCCUUUUAAGAGAAAAUACCCUUGAAUUUACCUGUUGACUUUAUAUUUGUUCCCCCGGAUUGUUCCUUCUGCUGAGAAUAACUGUAACACUAUGGUAUCAGUGAAUCCAUUGUAGUGAGGAAAUGAUUUGUCCCAUUCCAUUGGUCUUUUUGGAGCUUAAAAAGGUUAUUUCUCAGCUCCAAUGUGAAUGUAUUCCCUAGAAAAAAAAAUGCACCUUGUAAGUUGCAUUUCUCUUUCUGCCUUUGAUGCUGGCAAUUACUUUCCCAGUGUUUAUGGGGCAAAAAAUAUUGUGUGGUCUGUGCCUAUUAAUAUAUCUUGAUUUGGGAUAUUAAGAAUAAAAACUAACAAAGAAUUCCUUUCUGACUGGACUUCUGAUGAUCUGAUCCAUUUAAAAGUGCGAACAAGUGCAUUGAUGUUGUCUUGUUUUAUAAGUAUAUAUUGUGCUCAGAGACCAAGUCUUACUACUUAAUAUAUAAGAAUCAAUAACUGCUUUUAUACUGUCACAUUGUUCAUAUCUUACGGUUCUAAAACCUUCACUGCCAGUGUGAGGUGAAACUUAAACUUUGCUUAGUACUUUCUCUGAAACACUAGCCAGUAUUGUGAGUAUAACCAAUUUAGCAUGAUUAGAGGUAGGGACAUAAAUGAGUCAAGCCUAGAUGAAUGCUAGUAUUCUCAAACUUGUUCAGUUAAAAUAAUCCAAAGAGUUGUGUUCAAUCAGGCUAAAAUUUUGUGCUGAAUCUUGCAUGUCCCCUAGCAGUUCUUGAUCAGUAUUCUGUAAAUGAUGUAUUGUAUGCUUACACUGUUUCACAUGCAUAAACUAAUUAAACUUUUAAACAUGUAUUCAGGCUCGUAGAUGAUGGGCAUAAACUUAGUGAAGUCUGAAAGAUAAACAAUUUAUUGGUUGGUAAUGUGCUAGGAUAGAAGCACAAAAUUCCGUUCCCUUGGAAAAGUUUUGGUUCACUUAACCUGAUAGUACAGGCAGUUAUAAGUCUUUACUCAAUUAGGAUAUGUAUAGGCUAGUUAAUAUCUCAAGGUUUUCUGGUUUUCUAAUAUAAGAAUUAGCAGCAAUAUGUGAUUAGAAUGGGAAGUAGCUUUGAGAGUCGAAGACCUUGGAGCUGGCUAAGAAUAGUGUGAUUAAAAAAACAUUCUGCAUAUUGACAGAUUGUACACAUUUCAUGAGGCAAUGGCAAAAGAGGAGAUCAAAUGUGAGACCCAAACUGGUUAAAAUGUUUUAAGAAUGAAAGAUUUUCUGAAAAUGCUUUGAAGUUGUCAAAUGUUUUGCUGUAUACUUUUUCUUCUGGACAUAUUUUUCUAGGUGAUUGCAUGUUGUGUGAUUCAUGCUAUUUUUCAAUAAGAGAUUGUAUGUUUCAUACCAUGAAGCUUAGGGUGAAUUGGGAUGAAAUUUUGUGCCAUAUUUAAAGCUUUCCACAUGUAUUCAGCUUGCAAGCAUAUCUUUACUUUUGAAAAGGACAAUAGAUGUAUAGUGUCCCUUUUGUAUUGUAUUAUGUACAAAGCAGAACUUUAGUAUUUGUUGCAUAAUGUGUUGCAGAACAUUAUACCCCUAAUCGCAGAAUUAUUUAUGCUGCAAAAUUCAUAUUCCCUUUUGUUUAACUUGAG